UUGCCGAAACUAUCAGGGUCCCAGUCGAACCGCGCACGCCUUGCGACGCCGUUAGAUGCGCUAUCUUUACUUCGAUCCCAGGCGACUCCUCGCAGCCAAGAAGCUCACCGAGGCAUGGAGCUCCGGCGAUCACCGCCGCUUCCUCCUCCUCUUCCUCGAAAGCUGCUCCAACAGGUCGCAGCUCGCUCAGGUACACGCUCGCAUGAUCCGCUCUCGCCUCGUCGAAGACACCUUCGCCGCCAGCCGACUCCUCGCGGUCUUCACUUCCCCCUCCGCCAUCUCCAACAUGACCGCCGCCCGCCGCCUGUUCGAUCUGAUUCCCCAACCAAAUAUUUUCAUGUGGAACUCUAUCAUUAGGGGCUACACCCACCACUGUGCUCCUCAUGACGCCCUCUCUGCCUUUAAGCUGCUGCUCCGUCGUGCAGACUUCCCUCCUGAUAGCUACACCUUCUCUACCGUGUCGAGAGCAUGCGCGCAACUCGGAAGUCUGCGUGAUGGAAGCUCAGUCCAUGCUAUGGCUACACGAUUUGGCUUCGAUUCGGACAUGUUUGUGAUGUCGGGAUUCAUCAACUUCUAUAGCGGCUGCGGCGAUAUUGACGUUGCGAGGAAGGUGUUUGAUGAAAUGCCGCAGAAGGAUGUGGUUUCGUGGACGUCGAUGAUAUCUGGUUAUUUGCAACAGAAUCAGUUAGAUGAAGGUUUUAGGUUGUUUGAUGGGAUGAGAAAGGUUGGCAUUGAGCCAAACAAGUUCACUUUAACAAGCCUGCUAUCAGCUUGUGGUGAAUUGCAUGCUCUCGGUAGAGGUUCUUGGCUUCACUCUCAAAUUAUGGAAUAUGGAUGGGAAUUCGACAUUGACAUCGGCAACUCAGUGAUAAGCAUGUAUGCGAAGUGUGGCAGUCUGAUAGAUGCCCUUAAUGUGUUCAAGUCUAUGCCUAUUAAUAAUACUGCAACAUGGAACGCGCUGAUUUCUGGGUUAGUUCUUAGUGGACACCACAAAGAAGCGUUGAAUAUCUACCAAGAGAUGACAUGCAGAAAUGAAAGGCCAGAUGGAAUAACAAUCUCUGCUGCUUUGUCAGCAUGUGCUCAAUUGGGCAAUCUGCAGCAGGGCAAACUCCUCCAUGCUUUUGUGGAGGAAAAUUUGGAAGUUUGUGAUGUCUUUCUUGGAAAUGCCUUGAUCAACAUGUAUGCCAAAUGCGGGGAUUUCUCAGAAGCUGAAUCCAUCUUCCGUGAGAUGCCUGUGAGGGAUGUUUUCUCGUGGACAGCUUUGAUAUCAGGCUACGUUCAAGGUAAUCUCUAUAAGGAAGCUUUAACCUUCUUUGAAGAGAUGCAGCUUUCUAAUGUGAAAGGAAACGAAGUCACCAUGGUUAGUCUUUUAUCGGCUUGCUCCCAGCUCGGGGCUCUAGACCAGGGCAAACUUAUCCAUGCUUAUAUCGAAGAAAAUGAAAUAAAAAAAGAUGUUUGUUUACAAAACACACUCAUUGAUAUGUAUGCCAAGUGUGGUUGCACUGAUGUAGCAAUGCAAAUUUUCCAUGGAAUGCCUCAUAAAGAUUCCCACACAUGGAAUGCAAUGAUCGGUGGUCUUGCAACUAAUGGACAAGGAAGAGAAGCUAUAAAUCUCUUCAAUCAAAUGCAUGAACUCAGGGAUGUAAAACCUGACAAUGUGACAUUCAUGGCUGUUCUUUCUGCUUGUACACAUUCUGGAAUGGUAAAUGAGGGGCUAGCUUAUUUCAAUUUGAUGUCUGAGCUAUAUGGUGUUUCUCCUGGAGUCGAACACUAUGGUUGUUUAAUUGACUUACUAGCUAGAGCUGGAUUCAUAGAUGAAGCAGUGGAUGUCAUAAAAAAAAUGCCUUUGGGACCAAACCAUCUCAUAUGGGGCUCAAUCCUUUCUGCUUGUAGAAUCCAAGGGAAGGUUGAGCUAGCUGAGAAGAUCUUGCAAAACAUCAUCAAGCUAUCGCCUGGUGAUGAAGGGGCACAUGCGCUGAUUUCAAACUUGUAUGCUGAGGCUCGUAGGUGGGAUGAGGUGGGGCAAGUGAGAACUCUCAUGGGAAGCAAGAUGAUUGUUAAAUCCCCUGGACUCAGUUCGAUUGAAGUGGAUGGGGCUCAUGAAUUCUUAGUGGAAGACAGAUCAUGACUUUAAAUCAAACUACCAAUUGUUUGGUAUUUUUAUGCCAAAAAGAGAGCAAAAGAAGAUCAACCAAGUUUAAAGGAGCAAAGGCUAUUUUUGCCACAAUAUAGUCCCCUAUAAAUUGCUCAUAAUAGAAUCCAUUACCUGAAAACUGUUCUAUCCCUUGGAGUUUAAAGGUCAGUAUCUUCCUUUUCUGCAUGUUAAUUUGCAAGACAAGCAAAACAUCUUCGAUUUCAAAAUUCAAUAUUUGUCUCGCAUCAAAAUAACUCAUCGUUUCCCUUUUCUUUCUUUCUUUCAUUUUCUUGUAGAUGGCAGACAAAGAGAAUGUGAGUCAUGGACACAUCGAGGGCGGGGAGGAGACGACGAGGGAUCCAGCCAAGCUUAGGGCAAUGGUAGAGAAUAUCGAUGCCAAGAUUGAUGCCUUGAAAGCGAAAAGGGAAAGGAUCAUAAGGCAAUUGUAUGAGCUAGAAGGAGCUGGAGCUUGAGUGACUAGUCGACCGCCGUAAAAAAUAAAAAUAAAAAUCAAAGAUUGCUUCCUCAAAUUGAGGAGUCGAUUUUAUAUUAUUUUGUAUUAAUGGAUGUUGAAGUUGAUGCACAAUUUCAACUUCUAGCAUUUGUUUCGUUCUAGCAUUUGUUCCAUGCUUCUAUUUAACUGGAAUCUCUAGUUGAUUU